AUGGCUGAACUCGGGAAGAACAUCUCCGUUUUGCUGGAAAACGCCACCAAAAACCUGUCGACGACGGUGAACGAGGCCAUCAACCACAAGAACGUCAAGUUGCCUCCCGCUCUUAACUUGUUCUUGUCGAAUGGUUUCUCUCACAACCAGGAGCUUAGCUCAUCGCAAAUCGUCGAGGGCCUCAAUUCGUCCAUUUCGCGAGAAAUUUACGUCUCCUUGGAGUACCUUGCGCGGCUGAUGACCCACCAGAACGCAGAUUCCGAGGUGGUCCAAUUCUUUCCCCACGUCAUCAAAAAUAUAACCUCGCCAGAUCUCAAAGUUAAACGACUCGUGUACACAAUUCUUCUCCGCUACAACCAUGUGCAGCAGGACAUCGCACUGCUCUCCAUCAAUGCCAUCCAGAAAUCCCUCACCGAUAAGAAUUGUAUCAAUCGAGCCCUAGCCAUCAGAACGUUGAGUGGUAUAAGAAUCCCAGCUAUACUGCCUAUCCUAAUUCUGUCCAUGAAAAAGACAGUUUCGGACUCAUCGCCGCUGGUUCGUUCGGCGACGGCUAUUGCCAUCACGAAAUGUUUUCUGCUCGACGAUAGUCUGAACAAGAAUCGCGAUUUGUCGGCCGCCUUGACUGACGAGUCCUCAAUCCCUGCUCAGCUAUACCAGUUGUUAGAAACUUUGCUCAGCGAUACAGAUCCAAAAGUCUUGAGUUCAGCUCUGGGAACAUUUUAUACUAUCUUCCCCGGAUAUAUGGAUCUAAUUCACCCAAGGUUCACCCAUUUGGUUUCAAGACUGAACUUCUUGGAAGACUCGGCCAAAACUGUGUUGAUUGAUCUGGCAACAGACUAUUCCAAACUCUACUUGCCUCAGCCAACAGAAUCCUCCCUAUGUGUGGAGCUUGUUCUCCUGGACUCCAAACUAAAACCGUUCAUCUACUCUUCCUCUGCAAACGUCGUGUUAAGUAUGAUCCGUUUCUACUACAACGUGCUGCCGUUCAAACUGAAUGAGAUUCCGCUUUCCAAGGUUCUGAUCAAAUUCCUCGGGAACGAUGAGUCAAGCAUAUACAUCUUGAGCGAGAUUCUGUACCUGUUGGAUCGUGGCGUUCUGAGUUUCACUGGAUCCCAACUGACAAACUUCCUUCCACUGCCAAACGAGAUCCAGAAAGUGAGCGAUUUGAAACUUUCGAUUCUUGUCCGUUUGAUCAACCCACAGACCUUUGAUAUGAUAUUCGACGAGCUCGUGUUUCUGGUUGAUACAAGUAACCGAUUCCUGAAGUUGACUGUUAUCAAAUUGUUGAACCAGUUGCAUGCUACCACUCCCGAGCAACAUCAGAAAAUUGGCCAGCUAUUCUUGAACAAGCUAGGAUCUGAGAAAGACGAGCUUCUGGUGGCAGAGUACGUUACAGGAUUAAGAAUGAUUGUUCAGACCGAUCUGCAGCACAAUAUUGACAUUUUGAUCAAGUUGACAGGAAAAUUAGUCAACGAUAGCGAUUUGUCGUCUUUGGCAAAGGCCUCGAUCAUCUGGCUGAUUGGUGAGUUCUCGUAUAGUCAGUUUGACGAGCCGAAGUGCAUAGCUUUUCACGACUACCUACCGGACCUGAUGAGAAUUCUGGUGCAGAGUUUCAGAGACGAAGAAUACCUGGUCAAGCUUGAGAUUUUAACUGCUCUGACAAAAAUCAUUUCAAAGGAAAUGUAUACAUCCAAGCAGCAAGGAGAGACCUACAAUUUCGACAAUAUGGUUUGGAAGAUGUUUAAUCUGGUGCUUCAGUUCACGAAAUAUGACACUAGUUUGGACCUGAAGGACAGAUCGCGGUUGAUCGGUUCUUUAUUGCCCAAUGUUGUAUACACUGACCCAGACGUCAACGCAAACACCGCUCUGGAUUUCCGCGCCUAUUACAAUGAAAAAAGCCACAUUAUAGAACAGUGCUACGAGAAGCUGAACGAGGUUGAUUUUUCAGUCUUACUGUUCCACACGUCCAAGUACUCUCCAGUUUCUUCUGCCACCAUUGACGAAGACAACAGCAUCAGCACAUACAACAAAGUGACUCCUGAUAAACUGAAUCCUGAGUUGUUGGAGUACUACAACGAACUCCGUGCCCAAGAGUUCCAGCUGAAAGACUACGGACAUUUCAAGUCGGUGUCACAAUCAAGCGUGAGACAGCCGGUUGUGGUGAACUCUCCAGUACCCGUCACCGCAGAAACCAAGUCGGCAGCCAAGAAGUACAAGUUGCAAACUCUGGACGACUUCCUGAAGGAAAAGGGCAAGUCGGGCGUCUUUGGUGGCAGUGACGACGAACAAUCUGAAGACGAAAGCGAUGAGGAGUCGGAAAAUGCUAGUCAAAUAUGA